AUGGACAAAUUUUUGAAAAGAAAGACUGAAAGUGAGGUUAAUGUUGGGGCGAGUACAAGCAGGUCUUCUUCAAUUGAAGGAGAUAUGCAAGGCAACAAAAAUGCCGAAAAUAAACGUAAAAAGAUAUCCGAAUCAGUUCGGCAUUAUUCGGAAGAAUAUCUGAAGUUUGGUUUUACAUGGAGCGGUAGUCAAGAUGUUCCUAUUCCGAGAUGUAUUGUAUGUGGUGAAAAAUUGGCUAACAGUGCAAUGGUCCCAGCUAAGUUACAGCGACACCUUUCAACAAAACAUUCUUGUCUAACUUCGAAAGGUAAAGAUUAUUUCGAAAGAUUGCUGAAAAAUCAAGAAGUGCAAGCAACAUGCUUUCGAAAGAGCGUUACAAUUUCGGAUAAAGCGCAAAUCGCUUCUUAUAAAGUGGCAGAACUAAUUGCAUUGAAGCAAAAGCCGCAUGAUAUCGCAGAAUCGCUAAUUUUGCCCGCAUGUUUAGAAAUUGUUAAGAUUAUGUUUGGCAAUGAAGCGCAGCGAGACUUCCUAAAAAUUCCCGUUUCGGACGAUACGAUAAAAAGAAGAAUUAUAGAUAUGUCAGGUUUUAUAGAGAACGCAGUGACGGCGAAAUUAAGUACAAAAAAAUUUGCGCUGCAAAUUGACGAAUCCACUGACAUAAGUGGCAAAGCCCAAUUAAUCGGAUUUAUUCGCUUUGUUGACGACACUGAAAUAAUAAAUCAGUUUUUAUUCUGCAAGGAACUUAUUGGUCACGCAACUGGAGAUUUUGUAGUCGAGUUAAAGCAAUAA